CAAAGCUGAGAGGUGGCAGCAUGCAGCUGAACUUCAGUGGCCUUCGGGCCCUGGUGACAGGAGCAGGGAAAGGGAUCGGGCGGGACACCGCAAAGGCCCUGCAUGGCUCUGGAGCCAGAGUGGUGGCCGUGAGCCGCACCCACGCGGACUUGGUUAGCCUUUCCACAGAGUGCCCUGGGAUGGAGAUCGUGUGUGUGGACCUGGGCGACUGGGAGGCCACGGAGCGGGCUCUGAGCAACGUGGGCCCUGUGGACCUGCUGGUGAAUAACGCUGCCGUGGCUCUGUCGCAGCCUUUCCUGGAAGUCACCAAGGAGGCCUUCGACAGGUCUAUCAACGUGAACCUGCGAUCUGUACUCCAGGUGUCCCAGAUCGUGGUCCGAGGCAUGUUGGCCCGUGGAGUGCCCGGCUCCAUCGUCAAUGUGUCCAGCAUGGUGUCCCAAGUCAUCUUUCCCAACCUGGCUACUUAUAGCUCCACCAAGGGCGCGAUAACCAUGCUGACCAAGGCCAUGGCCUUGGAGCUGGGGCCACACAAGAUCCGGGUGAACUCCGUGAACCCCACGGUGGUGCUGACGGCCAUGAGCCGGCAACUCUCCGACUCCCCCGAGGUCGCCGAGAAGCUGAAGGAGCGCCAUCCACUCAGGAAGUUUGCAG